AUGAUGUUGUCGUCUCGAGUAGUGGCUGGAGUUUCAAAGCGAAGUGAUUUUCCGUUGGACUUGUCAACGACGGCGUUGUUGGUGAUUGAUGUGCAAGAGUAUCUUUCCUCGCCCAGCGACGACAAUGACGAGAAGGAGGAUUACUUGUUCCAGACGUCCUUGUUUUGUGCCAUUGCGAAUAUUGGAGCACUGGCGUCCAAGAUGCGCCAUUUUCGAGACAGUCCUACUAGUAGUGCUACUAGUACUACUACUACCAAAGGAGGCGAAGUGAUCUUUACCUUUCUACAAGCGUUGACGAACGACUGUCGCGACGUGUCGUUGGAUUACAAACUGUCAGGUCCCAAACUCGCCCACUUACCAGGUCCAAAGCAACCGGCAAAAUUCCUAUCGAAUCUGCAGCCACACGAAAAUGACAUUUUGAUCCCCAAGACGAGUUGUUCCGUCUUUUCGUCUACUCGACUCGCCUAUAUCCUUCGCAAUCUACAAGUCCAACAAUUGGUCGUGACGGGACAAUUGACCGAUCAAUGUGUCGAAUCGGCCGUGCGGGACGCCGCCGAUGCCGGAUUCUUUGUCACGGUCGUACAAGAUGCUUGUGCCGCACAGAGUCCUCAACAGCACGAGAAGGGAUUGGCCGGUAUGAAGGGAUUUGCCAGAAUUGUAUCCACGCAACAACUACUGCAAGAAAUGGACGAGUACAUACAACAACGACGAGGCAACAGUACGGAUUCUGAUGCUACUGGUCAGCACGAACAGGAGACUGUGGCGGUUGUACAAUCAUCUUCUCUCACCACAACAUCCAACAAUGACACUGUCAUUACACCCGUGGAUCAAUUUCAACUUCCUCCCCCAACAGCAGGUGCCACUGUGGCAUUGCUACGGGCUCUCAAGCGUGCCAAGGUACAAUUCCUGCGACUGGCGGUCGUCGAUGUCAGCAAUGCUGUAAGGUGCAAAGCAAAACCUCUAUCUUCACUUGCCAGCACCACUAAUCACGAUCAUGAUAGUAUCAACCCACAAGUCGCCAUUGCCAAGGUCUGUUUUGCCGGUAUGCCACGCUAUGCCGAUGUCCCCGUCGCAGCGUCCAACUUGACCGCCACGGGAAGUCUCAUGGUAAAACCCGAUUGGAAUACACUAAGGAUCUUGCCCUAUGCACCCGCCACGGCACUCUGUUUGGGAUUUGCAUACGAUACUCAACAGCAACAGCAACAACAACAACAACAACAACUCAGUCCCUAUUGUACCCGUGGAUUGCUGGCACGCCUCGUCCAAGCGGCGCGAGAACAACUGGGGCUGGUCUUUGAUAUCGGCGCCGAACUCGAAUUUCAACUGUAUCAUACCACUACAUUUACUCCCGUGGACGGAUCUCUGUUUGCCGAUUCCGUUACACUCAAUGAACAAGAACCGUUUCUGGUCGAUUUGUUGCAACAGUUACAAGAACAAGAUAUCCCCGUCGAGCUCGUGCAUGCCGAAAGUGCCAAUGGACAAUUGGAAGUCGUCUUGCAGCAUCAACCCGAUCCGCUGGCUCUCGCCGAUGCCGUCGUGUUGGCACGAGAAACCAUUCGGGCCGUGGCCAAAUACCGCCAUAUGAAAGCCGUCUUUUUACCAAAGACCAAUCCCAUGGCAGCCGGAAGUGGAUGUCAUUUGCAUUUCUCCUUUUUAGAAGCAGAGCAAGAACAACAAGGAACGACUACAACAACAUGUACCAAAAAUGGAUUUCCCUGCGACAGCAGCACCCAUGAGGAUUCCUACCUGAGUCCUCGUGCAGGCUCCUUCCUCGAGGGCAUCCUACGGCACAUGCCGGCUCUCUUGGCAUUGACCAUGCCCUCGGUCAAUUCCUUUCGACGCGUGGGGCCCGGAUGUUGGACCGGACACGAUGUGCGAUGGGACGUCGAAGACAAGGAAGCACCCAUUCGACUUUGUUUGGAAGGAGGACAACCACAAAAGGCGACGCAUGCCGAAUUCAAACUCGUCGACUCAACGUGUAACCUGUACAUGGCCAUGACGGGACUGUUGGCCGCCGGAAUGCAGGGCAUGCGGCAAGGACUCACGUUGCGUCCUCCCGGCAACGACAACCAAGAAACACUUCCCAAGACAUUGCCGGAAAGUCUCGACGCCUUGGAUGCCGACUCGUAUUUGAAGAGUGUGCUGGGGGAGGAACUCAGCACGGCCUACCUGGCCGUCAAGAGAGACGAAGCCAAGCACUAUGCGGACAAGACCAUUUUGGAGGAUCUUGCAGAAGCAUUGGGAAAGGCCUAG